AAAUAAACAUAACGUAGAAAAUAAGCCAUUCAUUUUUUUGUAGAAUAAAUUCGACACUCAUUGACCUCCAUACAACAGCUCCUUGCUUGGUCGACGAAAAAAAUACCACUUGCUGGAGGGAGACAGAUUUUCCGCCGAGUUGGGCCUCCAAAGAUGUUUAUAACCAACCAUUGUUCUGUGGCCUCGUUCUUCCUCUGAUUGGCUACACAUUUUGUGCCAAAAGAGUUUGUGGCGGGUUGUUUAAGUUAUUCGCGCUUUAUCCUCCUCAUUUGAAGUCAGCGGCGGUUGCUAGCGUGAAAUACUGUGUCAUUGUACCGCUACAUUCUAAGCUAUAUACAGUAUUAGUGUUAUUCUUAUAUUUCGCACUUUCUCUGGAAAGAAAACAACCCUUGUCAACAUGCAUGUGAUAAAGCGAGAUGGGCGCCAAGAGCGUGUCAUGUUUGACAAGAUCACCUCCCGCAUCCAGAAGCUGUGCUAUGGACUCAACUCUGACUUUGUCGAUCCAACCCAGAUCACUAUGAAGGUCAUCCAAGGUCUGUACAAUGGGGUCACCACAGUGGAGCUGGACACGCUGGCUGCAGAGAUCGCUGCCACACUCACCACCAAACACCCCGACUAUGCCAUCCUGGCUGCCCGCAUUGCAGUCUCCAACCUGCACAAGGAGACCAAGAAGGUUUUCAGCGAUGUGGUGGAGGAUCUAUACAACUAUGUCAACCCGCUAAACAAACGGCACUCUCCCAUGGUCGCCAAGGAAACACUCGACAUUGUCCUAGAAAACAAGGACCGCCUCAACUCGGCCAUUAUCUUUGACCGGGACUUCUCCUAUAACUUCUUUGGAUUCAAGACACUUGAGCGGUCCUACUUGCUGAAAAUUGAUGGGAAAGUUGCUGAGCGACCACAGCACAUGCUCAUGAGGGUGGCAGUUGGGAUUCAUAAGACUGACAUUGAUGCUGCCAUCGAGACUUACAACCUGCUGUCAGAGAAGUGGUUCACCCACGCUUCCCCCACACUCUUCAACGCUGGCACCAACCGCCCACAGCUGUCUAGCUGUUUCCUGCUGGCCAUGAAGGACGACAGCAUCGAGGGCAUCUACGACACCCUGAAGCAGUGUGCCCUAAUCUCAAAAUCAGCAGGGGGCAUCGGAGUGGCAGUCAGCUGCAUCAGAGCCACGGGCAGCUACAUCGCUGGGACAAAUGGAAAUUCCAAUGGGCUUGUUCCCAUGCUCCGAGUGUACAACAACACAGCACGCUAUGUGGACCAGGGAGGCAACAAGAGACCUGGUGCGUUUGCCAUGUACUUGGAGCCGUGGCACUUUGAUGUGUUUGACUUCUUGGACCUGAAGAAGAACACGGGGAAGGAAGAGCAGAGGGCCAGAGAUCUGUUCUACGGCAUGUGGAUCCCUGAUCUCUUUAUGAAGAGAGUGGAGAGCAACCAGGACUGGUCCCUGAUGUGCCCCAGUGACUGCCCUGGACUGGAUGAGUGCUGGGGGGAGGAGUUUGAGAAUCUCUAUACCAGGUAUGAGCAAGAGGGUCGUGUGAAGCGGGUGGUAAAGGCCCAGCAGGUGUGGCACGCCAUCAUUGAGUCCCAGACUGAGACGGGCACCCCCUACAUGCUCUACAAGGACGCCUGCAACAGGAAAAGUAACCAUCAGAACCUGGGAACCAUCAAGUCCAGUAACCUCUGUACUGAGAUUGUAGAGUACACCAGCCAUGAUGAGGUGGCAGUGUGUAACCUGGCGUCAAUCGCCCUCAACAUGUACGUCACCCCAGAGAAAACAUUUGACUUCAACAAGCUGGCCUAUGUCACCAAGGUUAUUGUUAGGAACCUCAACAAGAUCAUCGAGAUCAACUACUACCCUGUGAUCGAGGCUGAGAACUCCAACAAGCGCCACAGGCCCAUUGGUAUUGGUGUCCAGGGUCUGGCUGAUGCCUUCAUUCUGAUGCGUUUCCCCUUUGAGAGUGCUGAGGCCCAGAAGCUCAACACUCAGAUAUUUGAGACCAUCUACUACGCUUCCCUGGAGUCCAGCUGUGAGCUGGCUGCUGAGCUUGGUGCCUACCAAACCUACACAGGCUCCCCCGUCAGCAAAGGAAUCCUUCAGUAUGACAUGUGGGACAAAACCCCAACUGACCUGUGGGACUGGAAACUUCUCAAGGAAAAGAUUGCCAAGCAUGGUGUCAGGAACAGUUUGCUGCUGGCCCCUAUGCCCACGGCCUCCACAGCCCAGAUCCUGGGCAACAACGAGUCCAUCGAGCCCUACACCAGUAACAUCUACACCCGCAGAGUCCUUUCUGGGGAGUUCCAGAUUGUGAACCCCCACCUGUUGAAGGACCUAACAGAGCGAGGGCUGUGGAACGAGGCGAUGAAAAACCAGCUGAUUGGUCAGAACGGAUCCAUCCAGGGCAUUGCUGAGAUCCCAGAUGACCUGAAGGAGCUGUAUAAGACUGUGUGGGAGAUCUCCCAGAAGACUAUUCUGAAGAUGGCUGCUGACCGCGGUGCCUUCAUAGACCAGAGCCAGUCCCUCAACAUCCACAUCGCUGAGCCCAACUAUGGCAAGCUCACCAGCAUGCACUUCUACGGCUGGAAGCAGGGUCUGAAGACAGGCAUGUACUACCUGAGGACCAAGCCUGCAGCCAACCCCAUCCAGUUCACCUUGAACAAGGAGAAGCUGAAAGAGUCUCAGUCGGUUAAGAACGAGGAGGAGAUCAAGGAGAUCAACAGAGCCGCUAUGGUGUGUUCCCUGGAGAACCGUGACGACUGCCUGAUGUGUGGCUCUUAGACCGGCCCCUAACUCCUUCUCCUAUCCUCGCUCUUAGUUAAUUAACCAUUGCGGUGGACCACUGAACUCCUCAAUAUCAUUGAACCCCACUCUGAUUGUCUUUAGGCCAGUUAAUGUCAUAGUUAUCUGCCCUGAUGUCAGAUCAUAGGCUCACGCUUGGGGUUUAUAGAUCAGGCUAUUAUGGUUGUUUUGUGGGCGUGCUACUGUAGCCUAAGUAGUGCUGUACAUGGUGCGCUUCUGUCUGCCUUAUCACAGAUUAUUAACUGUAGGCAGUUUUCUAUUUAUCUUGGGUACACUGUUUGAUUUGUAUAGAAUUCAGUGUUUCAUUUUUUAAGUGUGAACUCCAUUGUUAAUAUGUAAAUCUAAGGAUUUCAUAAUUUGAAUUUCAUUCAAGAAGUUAACCUCAAUGGUGUAUUCUUUGUAUUUUACCUGUGGUGGGUGCUUUGUAAUUAAGUUUUGACAUUCAUGCAAUGUCCUGUGGUACUUAUGGUAAAGUAUACAGUAGUUCAGUGGCCAUUUUAGCAUGUAAAUCUUGGAGGGGCAAAAAAAACUAGAUAACAAUACAUUUAAUUGGACUAUAACGGUGCCAUACGGUGCCCACAAACUGUUAGGGCCUAUAUAAAGCUGCCCCCGCAGCAGUCCCAACAUCUUACCACUGCUACACCUAGCUAUCAGCGGAGCCGUUCAUUCAGCCACAUUUACUGCCUUUAAAAAAAAAAAAAAAAAAAACAUAG